AUGUUUCAAUCUCACCAGCGCUCAUUCGCUCUCGCAGGAGAUCUUUCCUGUUGCGAUUUGGAUAAUAACCUUUCUCGGGUAGAUCACUUUCAUAGCGUAACCCCGCCUAUCUAUCUAUCUAUCUAUCUAUCUAUCUAUCUAUCUAUCUAUCUAUCUCAGUCGGUUCAUUAUCUAUCUAUCUAUCUAUCUAUCUAUCUAUCUAUCUAUCUAUCUAUCUAUAUAUAUAUAUAUAUCUAUAUAUAUAUAUAUAUAUAUAUAUAUAUCUAUCUAUCUAUCUAUCUCAGUCAUUCAUUAUCUAUCUAUCUAUCUAUCUAUCUAUCUAUCUCAGUCUAUCUAUUAUCUAUCCAUCUAUUCAUUAUCUAUCUAUCUCAGUGUAUCAUUAUCUAUCUAUCUAUCUAUCUAUCAUCUAUCUCAUCUAUCUAUAUCAGUCUGUUCAUUAUCUAUCUAUCCAUCUAUCUAUCUCAGUCUGUUCAUGAUCUAUCUAUCUAUCUAUCUAUCUAUCUAUCUAUCUAUCUAUCUAUCUAUCUCAGUCUCUUCAUUAUCUAUCUAUCUAUCUAUCUAUCUAUCUAUCUAUCUAUCAUUUCUCUUUCUACGAAAUAUGAACACAGAACUUGUCGAUCUAUCUAUCUAUCUAUCUAUCUAUCUAUCUAUCUAUCUAUCUAUCUAUCUCAGUCUGUUCAUUAUCUAUCUAUCUAUCUUUCUCAGUCUGUUCAUUAUCUAUCUAUCUAUCUAUCUAUCUAUCUAUCUAUCUAUCUAUCUAUCUCAACAUUACUGUUUCUAAUUAAUCUCUCUCUCACUCUCUCUCUCUCUCUCUCUCUCACAAACACAUUCUCUUCCAUCUCUCCCUAUUUGCAUAUAACUGUUUCUCGCAAAGUCACCGUCUCUCUCGUUCAAUCUCGCUCCCAUUCCUCCUCGGCUUGCUUUACCUCCUCUUCUCUCUUUUUGUUCAUUUCUGUUUAUAACGAACUGGCCAUCUCUGUUUUCGAUGUUUUUUUUCCCCCGUUUUUCUCGCUGCUAUUCCGCCUUGGUCUACUUCUUUCCUCUUCAGGCAAACACAUUCUCUCUUUCUCUUUCACUUAUUCUCUCUCUCUCACUCUUUCUUUGUAG